GAUGAGCUUGCACAGGUUGACAGCUCAUUAGAUACUCCUCGGUUUUUGACCGAAUCAUCACUUUUCUACAUCCACCAGAGGAACUUUUGGAGGAUUUUCGAGUGCGACUUUUCAAAUGGAUCUGUAUGACUUCUCCUUCACGCUCCCCUCUGCUGAUGACAUCUGCGACGACCCCUGCUUCAGCACCGGGGACAUGAACUUCUUCGACGACAUGGACGGCAAACUCUGUAAUGUCAGAGAGAUGAAGUCCGUGGGCCAGAUCAGUUAUCACCAGCAUCACCAAGUCCCAGUGGCGGUGGAAGAAGACAAGCACGUGAGGGCCCACCGGACAGGAAACUGUCUCCUUUGGGCCUGCAAACCCUGCAAGAAGAAGACAACCGACGCCGACAAGAGGAAGGCGGCCACGAUGAGGGAGAGGCGACGACUCAGCAGGGUCAACGAUGCAUUCGAGACCCUGAAGCAUUACAGCGCCUUCAACCCUAACCAGAGACUCCCCAAGGUGGAGAUCCUAAGAAAUGCAAUCCACUACAUUGAGUCUCUGCAGGCUCUGCUGAGGUCAGGCAGGGAUGACGGCUUCUACCUUGAACACUCGGGCGGAGACACGGACGCCUCCAGCCCGCACUCCCACUGCUCCGAUGGCACGGUGGACUUCUUCUCUCCAUGCUCGACCAGGAGAGAACAUUAUCAAGCUUCCUACUAUGGCCUGCAGACAGUAGAGGAUUUAAGCAAGAGCACGCCGUCACUCCUGUCUAGUUUGGACUGUUUAUCCAGCAUUGUGGAGCGCAUCAACGCAGAGCAGGCAGAUAGACUAGUUCCACAUGGGCCGGGCUCCCCGCAGAACAGCCCUGCAGAUUUUAGACUUUUUGAAGAACCAAACAGCAUCUACGAGCCUCUCUGAGACUCUUGGGCCCAAGGAGCAUUUUCUGCACAAACAAUUGGUUUCCGUGAUCUACAAAACUCGAAAAAGACACUUUGUGUAUCCUGAGUGCACUAAAAAGGAAAUGUUUGAUGUAAAUAAUUUGAGCUGUUUGGAAAAUCCCAAUUAACGUUUUGUUGUGUAUUGUUUGUAUAAUUUAUGACUGACUUACAACUAUUAAAGAAUAACUACUGUAGGAGCCUAAAUGCUCCAUC